GGCAGCCCGUUGCCGAGCGCGAAAGACGUGAGGUUCACCAAAUCCGAGACACGGAGACUGUACGACGAUCCCAGUGCGCUGACCACUGGGGGCUCCACGUGGCCCUCGGAGGCAGAGUCGCACGACUGCAUCGCCUUGCCGGUGGUCGACGGGGAAGGCUCGACCACGCCUUUCAACUCCGACUACUCGAGCGACUUGUACGAGAUGCUGGGCGACCUGGAGUCUCCGGAGGAGUCUGCCUAUGCGUCCGGGAACGGAUCGGAGGGCGUGGCCUAUUCCACGGACGACACCCUCGUCGAGGGAGAGCGCGUCAACAUCGGCGUGGCCAUCGUCACGACCAACGUCGAAGAGCCCAAGGCGGUCGUGUGCGACGGGUCGGUGUGGUGCGCGACCGACCAGUCCUCGCUGUCGACCAAGGACGCGCCCGCCACGCACAGCCGCGAUAUUCUCGACGAGUUGUGCGACUCGCUCUCGGAGGAGAGGAACUACGACUUCGGGAAGCUUUCCGCCAAGGGUGACGCGUCGGAUUUCCGAGACUCGUUCCGCAACAGCGUCAAGAAAUUCAUGACGUACGGGGCGGGGGGCAAGAAGAACCACUUGAGCGCCGGGGAGAUGACGGACGAGUCUUUGAGCUACGACCUGGACCCGGCGGUGAAGGCGCGUUCCGACUACGGGCUGCUGUUUGCUCCGCCCAGCGACCUGUGCGUCGCCGCGCUGCUGCACAUCUCUCGGAAGGACGCGCGCCUGCCGCCGGCCCCCGGCUUCAUCGACCGGCUGUCCGAGGAGACGGUCUCCGAGACGGAAACUAGGCCGGACGUGAAGCCGUCGAGGACUAAUGCGACUUCGUCUUUCUGCACCGCUCGCACCGCAUCGUCGCAUCUCGUCGACAUCGAAACGACGUACACGAGUAUAGACGAAUUUGGAUCUACUCCAAGUAGCAGUCUCUCCGAUGUCUCUAUGUCUCGCCAUCCGGUCGUGAGAAAUGUGUCGCCGCCAACAGUGAUCCACGAGGAAAAUGUUGCUAAUCAUCCAUAUUGUGGACUGUGCAUGAUGUGUAAAAAUAUUAUACAAGAAACGUCCUCGGCAUGUAGAUCCGUUCCAGUGCUGCCAAACCAGUCAGGGAUGUCCAGCAAGGAGAGGCCGCGCCCAUCUGAACAGUCGCCCAGCAGACAGGCCUGCCAACCGGCGGUCGCCACGCGAAGGACCUGCGAGGCGUUCCGCGCGAGGGUGCCGCGCCCACGCGCCCCGCUGGAGCUGACGUCUCCGCUGGCCUCCCCGCAGCAGUCGCUGGCGCUCGCCCUGGCGCUGUCACCGGGGCCCGCCCCGCGCACGCCCGCCGCCUCCCCGGUGGCGUCGCAGUGCAGAGCGCGCGCACGCCGCUGUCGCGCUGGCCGC